AUGCCUCCCACGCGUACAUCGAACAAAAAUGCGGAAGCUUCAUCUUCUUCCUCCAAACCAGACGCAAAAUCAAAACGACAAUACCAGCGAAGGACACAGGAACACGAUUCGAACGCCGUGCCAGGCGUCCAGAAAGUUAAAGCUGCGCUGCGACAGGCCAGAAGACUUCUUGCCAAGGACAAGCUAGCAGCAGAUGUUCGAGUCGAGACGGAAAGACGGAUAAAAGCCUUGGAAGCAGAGCUAAAUCAAGCAGAGGCGGCGAAGAAGGAAAGAGCAUUCGCAGUGCGAUAUCAUAAGAUAAAAUUCUUUGAGCGCCAAAAGGUAACACGGAAACUCAGACAAACCAAAAAAGGACUGGAAGCUGCUAGCAAUGACGCCGAAAAGAAGAAGCUAUCAUCGGAACUACAGGACUUGCGCGUCGAUCUGAACUAUAUCCUACAUUAUCCCAAAAUGAAGAAAUACAUAUCAUUAUUCCCUCCUGAAGUCAGAAAAGGCGAAGCUGUAUCCGCUGCCAGCGAAGCCGAAAAGAAAAAGACAGACAAGGAGCGUGCUGAAGUGCGAAAAUGGAUACGAGAACAAAUGGAGCAAGGUGAUUUACCCGGGGAGCCAGAAAUCGAGCUAGGUUCACAGCAUGGCAAGUCUCGUGCACAAAAGUGGCCGCAGGAAAAGAAUGCUGCGAGUGCUCCAUCGAUGUCGAAAGAAGAGGUGGAAGAGCGGGAUGAGUUCUUUGAUGACGAUGAUGAAGAUUCAAGUUGA